CCCCGGCCAGCCACCGGAAACGGAAGUGAAGCUAGCAACACUCGGAAUAGUCUUAACUGUCGCCGAGAUGCCGAAGGCAGUGAAGCAGCAGCCACCGGAGCCAGAGUGGAUUGGGGAUCGAGAGAACGCGAGCCCUGCAGAUAAGGUUGUCAAGAAAGGAAAGAAGGACAAGAAGACCAAAAAGACGUUUUUUGAGGAAUUGGCUGUAGAGGAAAAGCAUGCAGGGGAAGAAGAGGAAGUGAAGGUAAUGAAAGAAAAAGAACAGCAGCAGCAGCAGCAACAGCAGAAGAAAAAAAGAGAUAGCCGAAAAGCGCGACGAAAGAAAGAUAUUGAUGAUGAUGAUGGGGAAGAGAAGGAACUUAUGGAAAGGCUCAAGAAACUCUCUGUUCCAGCCAGUGAUGAAGAAGAUGAAGUUCCUGUCCCAGUACCUAGAGGUGGGAAGAAAGCUAAGGGUGGUAAUGUAUUUGCUGCCCUGAUACAGGACCAGAGUGAGGAAGAAGAGGAGGAAGAACAAUUGUCAAAACCCGCCAAACCAGAGAAAAAUCGAAUUAAUAAGGCUGUUUCCCAAGAGCAGCUGCCUGAGCAGAAGGUCAAAAGGGGAAAGGAAGAAAAGUCAAAAGGGAAAGUGAAGCCCCAGAAUAAAUUUGAUGCUUUGGAUGAUGAAGAGAAAGGAGAAAUAUCCAAAGAGAAGGAGCUUUCCAGAUGGGAGAAGGAUAAACUUAAGAAAGAGGAACAGGGCUCAGAGGAGGAAGGAGAAGGGGAUGAAGAAGAAGAGGGUGAAGCCAAGGCAGAUGAUCCCUAUGCUCACCUCAGCAAAAAGGAGAAAAAGAAGCUGAAAAAACAGAUGGAAUAUGAAAGGCAAGUAGCCACACUGAAGGCAGCCAAUGCUGCCGAAAAUGAUUUUUCAGUAUCCCAGGCUGAAGUGUCUUCCCGCCAGGCCAUGCUGGAGAAUGCCUCUGAUAUCAAGCUGGAGAAGUUUAGCAUCUCAGCCCAUGGCAAGGAACUCUUUGUCAAUGCAGACCUGUACAUUGUGGCUGGCCGCCGUUAUGGGCUCGUGGGACCCAACGGUAAGGGCAAGACAACGCUGCUCAAACACAUUGCCAAUCGAGCUCUUAGCAUCCCUCCCAACAUAGAUGUGUUGCUUUGUGAGCAAGAGGUGGUAGCAGAUGAAACUCCAGCUGUGCAGGCUGUACUUCGUGCUGACACUAAGCGGCUAAAGUUGCUAGAGGAGGAGAAGAAACUCCAGGGUAGGCUGGAGCAGGGAGAUGAUGCUGCAGCAGAGAGACUUGAAAAGGUAUAUGAAGAACUUCGUGCCAUGGGAGCUGCUGCAGCAGAGGCUAAAGCGCGACGGAUUCUUGCUGGUCUGGGUUUUGAUCCUGAGAUGCAAAAUCGACCCACACAGAAGUUUUCUGGGGGCUGGCGUAUGCGAGUCUCUUUAGCAAGGGCACUUUUUAUGGAGCCUACACUGCUAAUGUUGGAUGAGCCCACCAACCACUUAGACCUCAAUGCUGUUAUCUGGCUCAACAACUAUCUUCAGGGCUGGCGGAAGACACUACUUAUUGUAUCCCAUGACCAGGGCUUUCUAGAUGACGUUUGUACUGACAUUAUCCAUCUGGAUGCCCAAAGACUCCAUUACUAUAGAGGCAACUAUAUGACCUUUAAAAAGAUGUACCAGCAGAAGCAGAAAGAGCUUUUGAAGCAAUAUGAGAAGCAGGAGAAGAAGCUGAAAGAGCUCAAGGCUGGGGGCAAGUCCACCAAGCAGGCGGAGAAGCAAACAAAGGAGGCCCUUACCCGGAAGCAGCAGAAAUGCCGUCGGAAAAACCAAGAUGAGGAGGCCCAAGAGGCACCUGAGCUUUUGAAGCGACCAAAGGAAUACACUGUGCGAUUCACUUUCCCUGACCCCCCACCACUCAGCCCCCCUGUGCUGGGACUGCAUGGUGUAACAUUUAGCUAUGAAGGACAGAAGCCACUCUUCAAGAACCUGGACUUUGGAAUUGACAUGGAUUCAAGGAUCUGUAUUGUAGGGCCCAAUGGUGUGGGAAAGAGUACAUUGCUGCUUCUGCUCACAGGAAAGCUGACUCCAACUCAAGGGGAGAUGAGAAAGAACCACCGACUGAAAAUUGGCUUCUUCAAUCAGCAGUAUGCAGAACAACUACGCAUGGAAGAGACAGCCACUGAAUAUUUACAACGGGGCUUCAACUUACCUUAUCAAGAUGCCAGAAAGUGUUUAGGUCGAUUUGGUUUGGAGAGCCAUGCCCAUACCAUCCAGAUCUGCAAACUCUCAGGUGGACAGAAAGCCCGAGUAGUGUUUGCUGAGCUGGCCUGUCGGGAACCAGAUGUCCUCAUACUGGAUGAACCAACCAACAACUUGGAUAUAGAGUCUAUUGAUGCUUUGGGAGAGGCCAUCAAUGAAUAUAAGGGUGCUGUAAUUGUCGUCAGUCAUGAUGCCCGGCUAAUCACAGAGACCAACUGCCAACUUUGGGUGGUAGAGGAACAGAGUGUUAGCCAAAUUGAUGGUGACUUCGAGGACUACAAGAGGGAGGUGCUGGAGGCCCUGGGUGAAGUCAUGGUGAAUCGACCUAGGGAGUGAGGUUUCCUCCUGUACACUCUUCAAGAUAAUUUAGGCAUGUGUCCUGACUGCACCUUUGAGUACCUUUUCCCUUCCCUCUCGCCAUUUGCAAGAUAAGGGCUUAUCCUCAACCAGUGCCACAACCAGCAAGACAUCUGGAGCUGAGGCUUUGCCUGGUGUGCCCAGACAGACUAGGAACCUUCUUCAGAUGGAAGUACUGGCUUUAUUUUACAGUAGAGUUGGAAAAACUAUUGAUGCCAUGAUGUAUCAUUGAACUGAUAACAUAGAUAAGGAAACUUUUCAGCCUCCAAGUCUGAUAUUUUGAUUCCAAUAAGUUUUGCACCACCACCUUACCUGAUGGCCUAUUUAAUCCAUCUGAUAUAGAAUAGGGUCUGUGCACUAGGAGCUUGAGCUACUCUCUUCCCUAAGUCUCUGAUGUUCUGCCACUUCCCCCAGUCAACAACAAGAUUUGGUCUAAUUGGUACUUAAAAUUUAUAGAAACUCAAGUUAUAGGCACAAUAGUUUUGGUUCAACUGCCAACACUACUCUGAGGGGUGAUAUAUUUGAUUCACAUACAGAAAUUUGACAAGAAUCUCCAGCUACAUUCCACAGAUGAUGCAAAUAGGGAUCGCAGGGAUCAUGGUCUUUAGAUAGGGUGGAGCCUAUUUGGUGCUAGUGUCUACAUUGUCUUGUUAUUUAUGGAUUUGUGGGGCAGGGAAGGAAUGCUGCCGAACUUUUGUCAGUUUGCCAGGGGAGGGAAUAAAGGAGAGUGAAUUGCCA